UUCACCUGCACAGACUUGAAAGUCCAGUUUCACCAGAGGCUGAGGCUCCAGGAAAAGGGGAGCGAGUUCAUUGGAUCAAACAUGUCACAAGAGUCGGACAAUAAUAAAAGACUAGUGGCCUUAGUGCCCAUGCCCAGUGACCCUCCGUUCAACACCCGAAGAGCCUACACCAGCGAGGAUGAAGCCUGGAAGUCGUACCUGGAGAACCCCCUGACAGCGGCCACCAAGGCGAUGAUGAGCAUCAAUGGGGAUGAGGACAGUGCUGCCGCCCUAGGCCUGCUCUACGACUACUACAAGGUUCCUCGAGACAAGAGGUUGCUGUCUGUCAACAAAGCAAGUGACAACCAAGAAGACCAGGAUAAAAGAAACUGUCUUGGCGCCAGUGAAGCCCAGAGUAAUUUGAGUGGAGGAGAAAACCGCGUGCAGGUCCUAAAGACGGUUCCGGUGAACCUUUCCCUAAAUCAAGAGCACCUGGAGAAUUCAAAGCGGGAACAGUACAGCGUCAACCUCACCGAGAGCCCCGCCAUCAUCCCGGUGUCAGGGAUCACCGUGGUCAAAGCUGAAGAUUUCACGCCCGUGUUCAUGACCCAACCUGGGCACUACACCCGGGGAGACGGGGAGGAGCAGCGCGUGGUUAUCUUUGAACAGACUCAGUACGACCUGCCCUCCAUCGCCAGCCACAGCACCUAUCUCAAGGACGACCAGCGCAGCACCCCGGACAGCACCUACAGCGAGGGCUUCAAAGAGGGCACCGCGGAGAAAUUUCGGAGUGCUUCAGUUGGGGCUGAGGAGUACAUGUAUGACCAGACGUCAAGCGGCACAUUUCAAUAUACCCUGGAAGCCACCAAAUCUCUCCGUCAGAAGCAGGGGGAGGGCCCUAUGACCUACCUCAACAAAGGACAGUUCUACGCCAUAACACUCAGUGAGACCGGGGACAACAAAUGCUUCCGACAUCCCAUCAGCAAAGUCAGGAGUGUGGUGAUGGUGGUCUUCAGCGAAGACAAAAACCGAGAUGAACAGCUGAAGUACUGGAAGUACUGGCACUCUCGGCAGCACACAGCGAAGCAGAGGGUCCUUGACAUUGCUGAUUACAAAGAGAGCUUCAAUACGAUUGGCAACAUUGAAGAGAUCGCCUAUAAUGCUGUUUCCUUUACCUGGGAUGUGAACGAAGAGGCAAAGAUUUUUAUCACCGUGAAUUGCCUGAGUACAGAUUUCUCCUCCCAGAAAGGAGUGAAAGGACUUCCUUUGAUGAUUCAGAUUGAUACGUACAGUUAUAAUAAUCGUAGCAAUAAACCCAUUCACAGAGCUUAUUGCCAGAUCAAGGUCUUCUGCGACAAAGGAGCAGAAAGAAAAAUCCGAGACGAAGAGAGGAAGCAGAACAGGAAGAAAGGGAAAGGCCAGGCCCCCCAAACCCAGUGCAACAACUCCUCUGAUGGGAAGUUGGCCGCCAUACCUUUACAGAAGAAGAGUGACAUCACCUACUUCAAAACCAUGCCAGAUCUGCACUCACAGCCUGUUCUCUUCAUUCCUGAUGUUCACUUUGCAAACCUGCAGAGGACUGGACAGGUGUAUUACAACACGGAUGAUGAGCGAGAAGGCAGUGUCCUUGUUAAACGGAUGUUCAGGCCCAUGGAAGAGGAGUUUGGCCCAGCACCUUCAAAGCAGAUGAAAGAAGAAGGGAUAAAGCGAGUGCUCUUGUAUGUGAGGAAGGAGACAGAUGACGUGUUUGAUGCUUUGAUGCUGAAAUCUCCCACGGUGAAGGGCCUGAUGGACGCGAUCUCUGAGAAGUACGGGCUGCCUGUGGAGAAGAUAGCAAAGCUGUACAAGAAAAGCAAAAAAGGCAUCUUGGUAAAUAUGGAUGACAACAUCAUCGAGCACUACUCCAACGAGGACACCUUCAUCCUCAACAUGGAGAGCAUGGUGGAAGGCUUCAAGAUCACGCUCAUGGAAAUCUGAGUCCCUGGCUCAGCGUCCCCUUGGCAGGAGCUCUCAGCAUGUUCCUCUCUGGGAGAGAUGGGGCCCCCCUGCUGCCUCCAAACCUGGAGACCCAUCUCACCCAUCUCAUAACUGCUGUUACAAGACUGUGCUGGGAAGCAGGCCAGGCCGAAGGCGCCACUGAUGGUAGUGUGCUGGACCCAUCCACCAGCUCGCCUGUGUGGUUGAAGCCUGAGCCCCUCAGGAAGUGGCCUUGGGCCUGUGGGUCCUUAUUUAUUACCCACCAUUUUCCAGAGCCUGGAGUCCAGGCCCCCUGGGACUCUGCAGGUUACUGCGGGCUCCACAUGAGACCGUCCAGAGUCCCCUGUCAAGAGAAACACAACCACUCAUCCCAAAGAGCCUGAAAAACCCUCGCUCUUUCCUUCCUCCUCUACAUCUCUGGACAAAGUGAGCUCUUCUUGGUGCGGUAGUCACAGGUUGGGUAAGAGGUGGCUGCCUUCUUCCUGGUUAGAAACCUUUAGGUUGCUCUGGGUAAGGUCACCUUGCUAAAUACCUCUGGGGGAUCCCAGCAAGUGGCCCUGGGCCUUAUACAAGAGGACAUUCAGCUACCGUGUAGGGGGGAAGGAACACAGACAAUAUGCCAGAUGGUCAUGUAUAUAUUGUUUAUAAUAUUGCAAUAAUAUAUUUUACUUGUGGUUUGUGGGCGUGUUUAAUGCCACUGGCCUAGGGGAAGCACAUACCCGGAGACUCAGAGAUUUCCAACUCUGCACCUCUUCAGGAUGCAUGCCAGGCCAGGAAAGUGGCCUUUGAGGUGUUUGGUAACUAUGCCAGGUACCAAGAUGGACAUUCCACUGGGCUGGUCUGGGGGAGACUUGUUUCCCAUCCCCAGAGGGAGGGCCCCAUCGGUGGGCAUGACUUUCCCUCAAGGCCGUGGUGUUUGUCUCCUGCUGAUAUGCUGUUCUGGACUCUUCCUUUGAACUCUCUUUUAGGAAAGACCAUAGAGAAGAGGCCCUACCUUCUUCUCUGGUUUUGUUACAGGCACAGCCUGAGCUUUGUGGAGAGACUAUGCAGGGGUUUGCGUAGGGCCCCGUCACUGGAGCUGUUGCAAAGCUCCUUGGCCAUCAUAAGACUCUUGGACAUUGUGUAGUGCCUCAUAGUUUACAAGCAUGUCCUUCAUCUCAAGUGGCCCCUUUAAAAGCCCAACUGCAGUGCUGAGAGUCGUGCCAACAGCUCAGCUCUGAAUUGCAGGCCCAGGCUUCCUCCUGUGGCUAAAGACUGGGAAAGCGGGGAUUGUCUGCCUCUGCUCCAGGGUGCUGGGUUUUAACAAACUGUGUGAGUGAACAAGAAAGCCCCAUGAGCCUCGACUCUUCUGAUGCCAGGCUUAGGAGGAUACUGGGAGAGAGGAGGAGGAAUGAGGAGGUGAAGAAAAGGAAAAUGCUUGAACAUCAGAAAAGGAUGCAUUGAGUGGGCCACUGUUCUCUUAGAGGGAACGGGUAGGGGUAUAUGGGUUUGUGGGCUGAAGCACUAGAUUUUGUAGCCACACCCAAUAUCCGGAUAUAGGACAGACUCCGCCUAAAGGUCCAGAUUUGUUUGUAAAGCACUUUGAUGUCUUACCUGGAGGUCCCAUGCCCAGUGAUCCUGCCCUUUCCCCUCUUCUGUCUCUGAGGCCCAGAGCAGGAGGGAGAGCUUACUGUAGCCCAGUUACUGCCUCUUGGGGCUCAGAGGAAUUGAAUGGAAUGGAGAGCAAACUUCCAGGAGUGGUCAGGGGGCACUUUUUUGUGUCUCCCGGACAUGUUACCCAUUCCAGUGGUGCCAAAGGUGUGUAUGCUGGGUUCAGCUCUGCUCCAUUCUGUCCCUUCAUUCUACACUCCAACUGCCACACCCUGGACCUGCAGCAUGGGGACCAUCCUGGGUACUAAUGGGCCUCUGUUCUGAUGGACAGAUUCAGCAUUGGAAAUACACAAUGUACUAUGCACUUCCCGUGCUCCUGGGGUUAGAAAAAGUUUCAAGCAUGGUUGGCAGGCCUGAUGGCUGGGACAUAGGACUCCAGAAUAGGGAAAAGGCAAAAUUUGUGCCACAUGACACAGGCUACAGACCCCUCUCUCUCCGCCCCUGUUUACUGGUCUCAUCCUAGACAGAAAAUAAAUCAGAAAUGCCUUUGUAUUUGUCUAAAGUCCCUGAGCAGUCACUACAGUGACCAUUGCCAGGACAAAGGAUAUGAGGCCAGGGCCACCAAAGGGUGGUACAGUGUCAGGUCCCAUCCGACCAUCCCCUUCUGCAUUCUCAGAGUGACUGGUGGUCAGCUAACUUGUGAGUUUCACUGUAAGUUAGCAGAGCUUUGAUGAGCACAUUUCCCGAGGCAAAAAAAAAAAAAAAAAAA